UGUGCCUCUGAUGUAGGAGCCGUUGCUGAAGCAGUGCCCACAAUGAGGCUGCUCCGAAGACACUACGGCCCACUGAAGCUGGCUGUGGUGGGCAUUGUCUUUUUGAUUUUUCUCUUCAUCAUGCAAAGGGACGUGGGCAAUGGGGAACAAAGGGAGGAGCCUUGGCUGAAGAACAUUAAGGACAGGAAGGACCAAAUGAUUGACAUAAUGAUGGGAGCAGUUAACAACAUCCGUGACUCUAUGCCAAAGCUGCAGAUCCGGGCUCCAGUUCAGCAAGAGGCGCCUGUGCAGGACAGCAAGUCCUGUCUGCCGGGAUAUUACACACCUGCGGAAUUAAAGCCCUUCGUGGAGCGCCCACCUCAGGACCCUAAUAGCCCAGGGGCUGAUGGCAAAGCUUUCAAGAAGGACCAGUGGACACAAGAAGAGACCAAGGAGAAAGAGCGGGGCUAUGAGAAGCAUUGUUUCAAUGCCUACGCCAGUGACCGCAUCUCUCUCCAAAGAGCCUUAGGACCAGACACCAGGCCUCCUGAGUGCAUUGAUCAAAAGUUCAAGCGAUGCCCUCCCCUGCCAACCACCAGCGUUGUCAUCGUUUUCCAUAACGAGGCCUGGUCAACUUUACUCCGGACUGUGUUCAGUGUUCUGUACUCCUCCCCAGCUAUAUUGCUAAAGGAAAUUAUUCUGGUGGAUGAUGCCAGCACAGAUGAGUACUUGAAAGACACAUUGGAUGACUAUGUGAAGCAACUGCAGAUAGUGAAGGUUGUCCGGCAGCUGGAGAGGAAGGGUUUAAUAACAGCCCGGUUGCUUGGUGCCAGCGUUGCUACAGGAGACGUGCUCACCUUCUUGGAUGCUCACUGUGAAUGUUUCCAUGGAUGGCUAGAGCCUCUCUUGUCGCGAAUUGCAGAGGAGCCCACUGCUGUGGUCAGCCCUGAUAUCACCACCAUUGACCUGAACACCUUUGAGUUUUCCAAGCCCAUUCAAUACGGGAAGCAGCACAGUCGGGGUAAUUUUGACUGGAGUCUGACUUUUGGCUGGGAGUCCAUCCCUCAACAUGAGAAACAGAGAAGGAAAGAUGAAACAUACCCUAUCAAGACCCCCACAUUUGCUGGUGGCCUCUUCAGCAUUUCCAAGGCCUAUUUUGAACACAUCGGCUCCUAUGAUGACCAGAUGGAGAUCUGGGGAGGGGAAAAUGUGGAGAUGUCCUUCCGGGUUUGGCAGUGUGGGGGGCAGCUGGAGAUCAUUCCAUGUUCCGUGGUCGGCCACGUGUUCCGUUCCAAGAGUCCCCACACUUUCCCAAAAGGAACUCAAGUCAUCUCUAGGAACCAGGUGCGCCUGGCGGAAGUCUGGAUGGAUGACUACAAGGAAAUCUUCUACAGGAGGAACCAGCAGGCUUCUCAGAUGGCUAGAGAGAAAACUUACGGAGACAUCACUGAUCGGCUUAAGCUGAAGGAGCGAUUGCACUGCAAAAACUUCACCUGGUACCUAGAAAAGGUUUAUCCAGAGAUCUUCAUCCCUGACCUUACUCCUGCUUUCUAUGGAGCGAUCCGAAAUGAAGGGGCCAAACAAUGCCUGGAUGUUGGAGAGAACAACCAUGGAGGGAAGCCACUGAUCAUGUACCCCUGCCAUGGGAUGGGGGGCAAUCAGUACUUUGAAUAUACGUCCCAACGAGAUCUGCGGCACAACAUCGGCAAGCAGCUCUGUCUCCGAGCCAAGACAGGGCCCGUUGAGUUGGGAGAAUGCCACUACACAGGGAAGCAUUCCCGUGUGCCAGAAAAUGAGGAAUGGGAACUGACUAAUGAUCACUUGCUUAAAAACCUAGCCUCUAACAAGUGUCUUUCUGCAAGGGGUGAGCAUCCUUCCAUGCAGCUCUGCAACCCUGCAGACCCCCAUCAACUUUGGUACUUCAGCUAAACAGUCCCGCCAAGAGCAGAGCAGCAUGAGCAAAUCUGUUCCCAGAGCCCUCCUGUGGAGGCUUCCAUUUUCUUCUGCUGCUAUCCAAAAUCCAGAGGACAAAUUCAAGGAAGAGAAAAGGACCCGUUCAAAUAAGCUUCAUAAUUACACGCAUGCCUGUAACACCCAUGUGCCUUUUGCCACAGAAUGGUCAAGCAGACACACAGCACACCUUGGUGUAUCUCCUUUGUUUACAGAACAUACUGUAAAAUGCAGUUGCAAGCUGGUAUGCUUGCUCUUUACAAUACCAUGCAUAUUGUCAAUUGAAGCUCCAUAUUGUGAGAUGGACAACAUUGGUGAUUUUAUUCUGCAGUAAAUAGAAAGUGGCCUUUUGUAAGAAGCAGAAUCAAAAGACUUCUGCAAUUCAUAUGUUGUGAGUCAUGUAGGAAAGCAGCACCUUGGCAAAGAAACCAGCUGCAGAACCUUUCAUAAGGAAUGACUUGUCUGCAGGAUAGUUAGAAAAUACCUGAUGCCAAAGAUAAGCUUUGAUUUCUGUUACAUAGGAAUAGCAUACUCGACUUCAGUGGGCUUUGGAAGGAAAGACUGUAUCAUAAAGGCCUUGAGAAGAGGGUCUUUUGUGUUUUCACAGCACUGGCAAAGGCCUUUGUACGGAGAUGCUGGUGGGUUGUAAUAGUUGCUCACUAGGGUCGCCUGCAUUUAAAGUAGCAAACACUGGAGUGCAGUAUUGCUGCGUGACGGAAAUCCUCCUCUCUUUGCACAGUCUGCGAUCAGUGCCUUACCUCAGGCUUUGGGAACUCUCACCGGCACACUGCAGAGAAGUGCUCAUUCCACUGAAGAAGAAAACCCACAUCCUUUAAACAGCUUAACCCUCUACCAAAGAAAAGUGGAACUGGGAAGGGAGCUCACAUCUUGGAUUCCUGCAAAGGAAUUGUGCCAGGUGGCCGUUUGCUGGGCACAUCCUUACGACCCCAGUGCCAGAGACUGGCAGAGCCCUUCAGCCCUUCUGCACUCUGCAGUCCUCAACCAGAAAGCUUCAGCCUGAGCCGAUUCCUCACCCAUCUGUGUGCUUCAUGGGGACCAGCCCAGAUUUUCUGUUCAACAUGCUUUGAUCUCCUGCACUGGGAGAAGGGCCUUGCCUUUCCGUGGGAUACUUCUGUAUCAUCUGUUAUACACUGCAGUACCAUGAGCCAGUCAUGCUGUUAAUGUGCCUUUAAAAAAAGACUAGCAUACGAAGCUGCAUUCCUUGAGGAAAUGGGUGCUGUGAACAAGCCUUGCACAAUCACCUUGGGGAAGAGGAAUUAAGACAAUGCAAAACCAAAGGGGAAAAGAAUGUAAAAGUGCGUGUGUUUAUACACAAACACCCACCAGGGGCUGGAUAACUGUGGCUGGAUAUUGCUAGUUACAGCUGCUUGCUGGAGCAAAUCUUGUUCCCGUGAUUUGUCCUUAUGCUAAUAAGACAAUAUUUAGUUAUACUUUAUCUCUGGAUUUCAGUGGAAAGGUUUUUUGUUUUGGGUUUUGUUUUGUUUUUUUAAGACAAGGUUGGGAAUGCUGUUCUUAUUCACGAAGUAGCAGUUUUCUUGUGACUAUGAACCUUAGUACCUCUUGUUACCUUUAGCAGAUUAGCAAUUGCACUGCCAAUUUAAUGCAAAACACAGAGGAAGCAGAAGGAAAAAUAUGUGUUCUGGACUUGUAAAACCUGGCUGUUUAAGGGCACACUACACUUUAAAAGCUGACUACUUGAUAUACAGGAUGAAAUUUCCUGUCCAUGGGAAGUUCCUCUUACUCUCCUCUAAAGUGCACUGCUGGUUCUGUAUAAUCGUUAGCUUCUUUGAAGAAUGGAUUAUGUAAAAGAGCGAAGGUGUGGACUCUUUCUAGUUUUUGAAUGAGGAAGGUUGCAUUAGUGUUCCCAAGUCGUUGUGUUCAUUUCCAGGAAGGCUGCAGAUGGAAUGGAAGGGCCUGUCUUGGUAAUCCUGAUUAGGAAAAUAAAACUGA